AUGCCCAAAGUCAUCGGCAUUGCCAUCGUUGCCGCCGGAUUUCUUCGCCAGACGAUCCAGAAGCACCUCUUUACGCAAAGCUUACUCCCUUUGCUUCUCGCCGUUCGAACAACCGUUUUCCCCUCCAAUGCCCGGCCAGCGUCUAUCGAGAUCCCCCCAGAAGCCGACAUCGGAGUUCCAACUAGCAAACAGUGCGGAACUGAAGCCCUACCCCUGAUCACAGCACCCCCACCACCACCAACAUCAAAUUCGCAUCAGCAAACCCCGUCCGACCAACGGCCGAAUGGCGCCAAAAUAAACUCUAUUAAACGUGCAUGUGCCCGAAGUAUCCUUCGGCUGAUCCCAAGGCGCGUCGCAUUGGCCAUCUUCGCUAUUCCGACCGACAAAGAAUACAGUGGAAUUAAUCUAAGCGCUAUGAGCGAAAAUGACCCCGCCUCCCCCGUGAUACCUCCUCCAGCUGAGGCUGCGGCUUCCCCGCUAAUAUCGAUUUCGCCUAGCCUUAUUCCUUCUACGCCUUUGUCGGGCGCAGAGGUCUCUGAAACUAGACCGGGGACCAUUACCGAUUUCGAUCCGACCCAUUCCAACCCGGGCGCAACUCAAACGUCAACCUCAGACAUGGGGAGGGUGGUAAACACCAAGCCCGAGAAACUAGACCUGUCAACUUUUGCCCUAGGAUACGAAAAAGAGCAGGUGGAGGACGAGAAGGAGCUGCUGCUGCUGCUGCGCGCUAUCGAGCGCGAUGUGCUGGACCUUUUCUCGGAUUCGUAUUGCAACAAACAUCUUGUCUACUCUAUCGUCGAAGUCGUGUUGGUCAAGCUCGUCCCUGAGCUGAUGGAACAUGGCGUUGGAGAGCUCAUGGCUGAGCGCGGGCUUUGA